AUGGAGCAGAUCCGAGAACAGGUGCUCCAGAACCCUUUCCGCUGCCUAGAUUUAGCAGCCGAGGAAACCACAGCUGCUCUGGCUCGCGCUGAUAUUCGCUAUGGCUUUAUCGGCGGAUAUGCGACGUCCCUCAUUGACAGUCCCGGACCAACCAACCUUUUUUUCACUCACGGGGACGAUGCCGUUGUGAUCGAGCUGCCCCGUGGUGGCCGCACUCGACAGUUGAAAUUGCCCGACGUAAAUUCGGUUUCUCUUCACUAUGUCAACUUCCAGAACUUUGCUGGUGGAUGGGCAACAACUUUGGUCAGCCGAACGUGGAGUGCACCUGAGACGGCGAUCUUCGACUGUUCAGGCGCGUCGACAGUCUUUUUUGGCUUAUUAGCCGGGCUUGCUUGUGCAGAGCUUUUUCGCUUUGCCAUUGUGUUGAGUGAAAGUCAAGGUUAA